AUGGCUAAUGCCUGUACAAACCUCACUGGUGCUGCGCGCGUGGUGCGGCUUCUCAAGGUCGACGGCUACAGCGCGAGCACAACCAUCUGCACCAAGACCAAGCGGUCCGUGGGCAUUGGCGAUGACGGUUGCAUCAAAUCCAGAUGGAAUGUUGGUGGGUACGAGUGGGAAAUUCGCCUGUAUCCUGCAACGUUGUGGUUAGCAGUGAAGCUCGUCUGUCUCAGUGAACCCCCGACCAGCAACGUGAGGGCUGCUCUGGGCUGCCGGUUGGUCGAUACGAGAGGCGUACUUGAGCCAUCCGAAGAAAAGAGCGUGUCACACGUGUUCGGGGUUAAUGAGCAUUUCCCUCCCCAGGAUACGGUAGUGCUCAUGGAGAGACAGGAUCUGGCAGCGUCCGGCUAUCUCAGGGACGAUUGUUUGACCGUCCAGUGCGCAGUCACUGUGCUCAAGGAAUUACCCGUGCCAACAAUCCCAGCCAGACAAGUGAUUGCGCCACCCAUCAACUUGCACCUGCACUUCGCUGAACUCCUGCUGAGCCGGACCGGAGCGGACGUCACGUUCCUCGUGUCUGGCGAGUCUUUUGCUGCACACAAAAACAUACUGGCUGCCAGGUCUCGGGUUUUUAUGGCAGAAUUCUUUGGGGAUAUGAAGGAGAAGAGCUCGCAAAGCGUGGAGAUCGAGGACAUGGAGGCGACCGUGUUCAAGACUCUGCUUCAUUUCAUCUACACAGACACGGUCCCUGAACUGGAAAAGGACCAGGAGGCGUCAACGGUGAUGGCUCAGCAUCUCCUUGCUGCUGCUGACAGGUACGGCCUCGACAGGCUCAAGCUGAUCUGCGAGGCCAAGCUCUCUCGUGCCGUCGCUGUCGACACGGCAGCGACAACUCUGGCGUUAGCUGAGCAGCACAAUUGUUUGCAGCUGAAGGGUAAGUGUGUUGAGUUCAUCCUCAGCAGUCCGGCGAUUCUAGAUGCUGUUCUUUUGACGGAGGGGUAUAAACACCUGGCGGCAAGCUGCCCUCUGGUGCUGGCUGAUCUUCUCAAGUCCGCGCAUGGGAGAAAGUGUUGA